AGGCCCUAACCCCAAGGCGGAAGGAGCUUGAUCACUUGAUCACCGAAAAAAUGGCGCCGCAAUCAGAAUUUUUCGUGUAUAAAAACGCUGGGACAUGGCUGUAGCCGCAUUCCCUUCUCUUCCGACUUUGCUUGCGAAAGCUACAUUAUCCCUAUUAUUCCUACGCCAACACAAAGCAUGUUCUGUGGUUUCUGGGGCCUGAAGAUUGUGCCGGGCAAGACGUACUCGCAGACCGUUGAUGCGUCGUUCCGCGUCAGCAACGCUGCACUUGGCGAGACCAUCGGAGACUCUGGCCGCACCUCGGUGCUUCUGACUGUCGACGACAAGAGCUACGUUCUGUGCUCGCUGACCCCGGGCAAGAUCGAGCAGCAGAGCCUUGAUAUCUCUCUGACCGGUGGCGAAGAGAUUACGUUCGAGUCCACGGGCAAGAACGAGAUCCACCUGACAGGCAACUUUAUCAUCGAGGAGGACGACACAAACGAGGGCAGCGAGUCGGACGACGACGACGACGCGAUUGACUUCAGCAAGCUGUCGCCCGAGCAGGUGCAGGAGCUGAUCGAUGGCGGAUACAUCAACCCUGAGGAUGUCCUCCAGAGCCUGGGCGGUGAGGAUGACUCGGACGACGACUACGACUCGGAGGAUGCCGAGGCUGACGCGCAGCGGAUCAUUGAGAUGGACUCUGACGACCUGGAGGUGGAUGCGGAGGAGGAGCUCGAGAAGGAGGUCAAGAUCAAGGAGUCUGCCAAGGACGCAAAGAAGCGCAAGCUGGCCCAGGAGCAGGAGGCUGCUGCCAAGGAGGAGAAGAAGCGCAAGAUCGAGGAGGCCAAGGCCAAGAAGGCUGAGAAGGCCGAGAAGGCCGCCGAGAAGGCCAAGGCAAAGAAGCCCAAGCAGCAGAAGCUGGCCAGGCGGUGCGUCAAGAAGGGUGCUCGCGUCGGCAUGCACUAUAUUGGCAAGCUGACCAACGGCAAGGUGUUCGACCAGAACACCAAGGGCAAGCCGUUCUGGUUCCGUCUUGGUGUCGGCGAGGUCAUCAAGGGCUGGGAUGUCGGUGUUGCCGGCAUGAAGCGCGGCGGCGAGCGCCGGCUGACGAUCCCUGCGGCCAUGGCCUACGGCAAGCGCGGCGCGCCCCCAGAUAUUCCCCCGCACGCGACGCUGGUGUUUGACGUGCGCCUGAUGGAUUUCAAGAAAUAG